UGUGUGUGUGUAUGUGUGUUUGUUUGUUUUUCAAGGCACGUUAAUCACGUGACUUUUUCACUUAUGGCUCGCUAUUUGCGCUAGCUAGUAGGCAGCGCAGCUUUUUGGCCUCGAGAAACUCUUUCAGCAUAAAAAUGCACCACCAAGACUUCCCCGGAGACCUGUCCGGGACCGGGAGCCGGAAAACCGCUUACCACUAUAGGAGAGGCAGCAGCGGGGCGCCCCCAGCCUCCUCCGCUGCUGGUGUCAGCGCAGUGGACGACAAUCCAACCCAGGUUGGAUCCUCCUCUCCUGGACUCCACCAUCAGCCUCAGUCCCAAGUGGCUGGAGCUCAGGUGAAGAAGAAAAGCGGCUUCCAGAUCACAAGUGUCACUUCUGCUCAGAUAAACGUUAGCGGCAACAACAGCUUGGCAGAUGAUACUGAGAGCUACGACGACAUGGAUGAGUCCCACACUGAGGACCUGUCCUCCUCUGACAUGCUAGAUGUGUCCGUGUCAAAGGCCACGGAUACGGGUGUGCCGGAGAGGAGCUCCUCUGAUGAGACUUUGAACAGCCUCCAUGGAGUCGACACGCCUGGACUGGUGUCACCCAAUGAGCCUCUCCAGCCUCAUUCUAUCCCACAGGGGUCUCAGCAUCACCCCUCUAUGGUAAACGGGACUGUGCAUCAUCAGUACUACCCUCAGCAGCACAGCCAGGCCCACCAUCAUCACUCUGACAGCUUAGGAGGAGGUGAAGCAUCACUGCCAACACUUCCCAUUGCUCCUUUGGCAAGCUCCAGCCCAUCUAUAGCUUCCAAAGUUGGUCUUAACCAGCCUCAGAGGCCACCAGCAGUGUUUGAUAACACUAAAACUGCAGGGGGGGCAAGCCAGCCUGCAGCCUCUGUUGUUGGUGGGGCAGCCACUGAUCCACUUGUACAAGGCAGUGUGAACAUUUCUACUGUGUCGGCUGUUGCUGCUGCUCCAGGUUUUGAUAACACUAACAUGGGUGGGCAGGUGGCUCCUGUUGGUGGAGGAACUGGUCCUACUGCUCCUCCUCCCAGCACUCAGACUCACCACACCCAAACUCAGACAGCCACCGGCUCUCGCUUCAGGGUGGUCAAACUAGACACAAACUCGGAGCCGUUCCGCAAAGGGAGAUGGACUUGCACAGAGUAUUACGAAAAGGAGGUUCCUCAUCCUCCUAUUGGGGAGGCAGCAAAAGGUGCAGAGGUGGUUGCAGACCCUGAAGCAGGUAAUGCUGGGAUCAGUCCAGGUGUAGCUGCCGUACAGCUCCCUCACACCGUGCAGCCCUAUCAGCCACCAAGCCAGGACUUCACUAGUCCACAAGCCAUGCAGAGUCCACUGCUGGGACUGGCACAAACCACACCUGUAACCUAUGUUUCACCUCAGGAGGUUGUUGUAGGGAAGCCAGGGGUUCCUGUCAGUAUCCCUCCUGCAUCACCACAGGUGACACCACAGACUGGUGUAAGCCAGCCUCCACUAAUAAAACCCCAGCAGCCCUAUUCUGUGGAUCCUCUACAGCCUCAGCCACAGGGAGGGUAUCCUGCACCUCAGCUCCAAACGGGGGUCAGACAGCCAGACUUUAUUCAGCCCACCGCACCUUUCCAGACACAAGUCCAACCUCCACUGCCGCAUGCCACGGCUAUAGUCUCUGUGACGCCACUGUCAGGGGUCACGGUGCAGCAGCCCGUAAGCAUUACCCAGCAGCUGCCCCAUCAUGGUCAGGUUGCCCCAUCUGCUACAGCAACCAUUGCCGCAGGACAGCCCCAGACCCUCCCAGCUCCACCUCAACCCCAGAUUCGUCCACAGCCACAAACCCAACCCCAUUCUGCUGGCACCAUCACCAUAGCACCCACCCACGGGAUCCCCUACAUGCCUCUGACUGCGCUGCAAGCUGAUCUUCAGCCCAUCCUCACGCCAGGCACAACCUUCACCCAUGUUCCUGCCAUAACAGCGUCCCAGCUGGAGGACGCCCAGAAGCUUUUGCUCCAGCACCAAGGUCUGCUCGGGCUGCCCAGGCUGGGGGCUGCAGCAGGUGGAGACGGCGUCGCAGAAGCUGGCAGUGCUACUGGAACUCUGGCCCACAUGGGGAUGUCCGCUGAGGCCAGUGCCUUCAUGGUGGCUGCAGGCCUGAGAACUCAUCAUGGUGAAGGAGAGGAGGACAGCUCCUCGGGUGCAAGUGUGGUGGCCAUCGACAACAAGAUCGAGCAAGCAAUGGAUCUGGUGAAGAGCCACCUGAUGUACGCCGUGCGCGAGGAGGUGGAGGUGUUGAAGGAGCAGAUCAAAGAGCUGAUCGAGCGCAACACUCAGCUGGAGCAGGAGAACAAUCUGCUCAAGACCCUGGCCAGCCCCGAGCAGAUGGCUCAGUUCCAGGCUCAAGUCCAGACUGGUGGCUCCCCGACCGGCACCGCCCAACCUCCGGUCCCGGCUGGCCCCUCCACGCAGAGCUCCGGCACAUCUGCGUAACCCAGACAUUGGAGAGCCCUCUGACGAUGAGAGACCGGGGGGAUGGAAGAAAGAAGAUGAGAAGGAGGAGGAGAAAGGAGUCUCGUCAUACUGUGAACAGACUCUAGCAUUAAGACUCUGCCAGUGUUUGGAGGAGCACACACUCGGGCUCAGCCGGAGGAUGAACCACUCUCUUUUGUUGCACAUUUUAUUUAACUGACUUUGGAGUCACACCGAUGUGUAAUGUGUAAGUGUGUGUGCGUCUGCGUGCGCGUCUUUGCCUCGUUUCUGACUUUUAACCACCCGCUUCAGACAAUCCUCAUUGUCAUGCUGGUUGUUGUUGUAAUCAUCAUCAUGGUGACAACAACAAUGUGGGGAAAGGGACAGAGCUAGCAGGAAUCGACCCUGCCGCCAUCUUCAGGGCCGCUAAAAAAAAAAAAAAAGAGGGCGGGAGGAGUUAACCAAGGGCCCGGCCAAUCAAAGAAGCAGGCUCUUGUCAGUGCCGUUGAAUACGUUGCGGUCUGACCCCCUCCCCACUGAAAACAUGUGCCAUCGUCCUCUACCCCGCCUUGCCGCACCCUGACUGUCCAUCAGCGCACAGUGUUUUUUUGUUUUUUUGUUUUUUUUAAUUCAACAUCUUCCUGUUUUCCUGUUGCACUUUUUUUUUUCCCAAGCGGACUUUUAAUGGAUGACAGAGGAUUCAUACAACCCACCCUCAAUCCGGGAAAGUCCCAGGUCUCUGAGGAUCACCAGUCUUGACAUUCUUCAAGGGGAGGAUGGUCAUAAAAUCUAUGAAUUAAAUAUCAGCUGCUUCUCAUUGUUCACUUUGAGAACUGAGUUUGAGGUCCACGUUGCCCACCCUUGACACCCCCUCCUUGUUCUUUCUCAGACAGCGCAUUAAAGAUUUAUGCAGGGGAUCAAUGUUUUUUUGGGGGUUUUUUUUAAGGAGGGCUGGGAGAAGCUUGUUUUGUCUGUCCUAUUAAUUUUGUUUUGUUUUGCUUUUGCUCUUGUUAAUGUAAAAAUGUCCAAGUGAUCUGUAAAAAUAAAUGGCAGGAAGGCAGUUCGAUA